UCAAGGCAGGCAUUGGCCAUGUUUCCACCACCUGAGGGAUCUUUCAAAGAGUUUGAACUGAAAGAGGAUGAGAGAGAGAAAUUGUGGGCAGAGGUAGAGAGAAGGGACUUGUCAGGAGAGGACAAUCAGGCAUUGUUCCAGGAAAUGGCCGCUCUGAAGAAAAAGACCAAAAAGCCUAAGAAGAAAGCAAACCCAGAUAAUGGUCCAUGGUGGCAUAAAGGAAUUGGACCAAUUGAGGAAGUCAAUAUACCUGGUUGUUGGUUUUUCAAGAUUCCACACAAAAAUGGCCCUGAUGAAAAGGUUGGCAACAUCCUAUCCAGAACUUUUUACAGCAAGGUAGAGAAUGGAGUUCUUGGUACUGCUAUGGGUCUACAUGCUGAUGUCGUCUUGAAAAUGGUCCCAGUGAUAUCUUACUGGGAAGGUUCCAGAGAUAGAAUUAUAAACCAAAUGGCUGUGUGGCUGGACAAAGACAAACUUCCCCCUGCAGUUACUAGGUAAGAUCUUUCUCUACGUUUGCUAUUUAAACAUCUAUCCUUGAUAUUUGUCAACAAAGCUCACAUCCACUAGAAAAGAAUGGAGAAAAUUUGAUUUUAACAUGUCUUAUGACCUUUUUUCUUUUAAAAAGUGAUAUAUUUUUGAGAAAUAUUUGGAUUAAGAACUUUUUCAACAUUAAUCCUAUUGAAUUUAAGGGAUGGCUUGAAGUUCUUUAAUUUAUUUGCAAUCUUUUAGUUAAAUUUUAAUGUGAAAUUUGUUUUAUAUUUACAAAACUUGGAAUUUAGUCAGGCGUUGUGAGUAUUCCCCCAUUAAUGGUGUGUAAAAUGUGUUAUCUACUUUCAUAUCCUAAAAAAGGGUUCUUAGCAUUAUCCAUGUGAACUCACAUGCAAUGAGGCAAUGAACAUUACCUAGCUAGUUGCUCACUCUAUAUUGUAUUAUCAAAAAUUGGUGUGAAGCAUUUUGCAUCAAAAUUGAAGAAAACCCUAAUUAGGGCACUACUACCAUUAUGAUCAUUAAACCAAAUUUUUUCAUGAUUCUCAAACUUACAGAAAAUAUUCAUAGGACUGAAAUACAGCUUUAGGUGGAAAACCAGCUUGAUGUGAUUGUUAUUCAUGAAAAUGAUGCAUUUUUUGUGAGAUGUUCAUUUUUGCAGAUUGGCAUUUUCAAAAUGUGACUGAACUCCAUGGGCCUGAAAACCUUUACCAGUCACUGUCACAUAUUCUGAAUAUCUGUGAUACUAAAAGUGUGUCAUUUAAAAUUGGUGGUGAUUAUGUUGUUAAACAUUAUGCAAUAUAGCAUCAGAAACCUCCAGCCACCACACACACCAUUAUAAAACUGUUACUUAUUGUGCACAAACUUAUACAGAGAUUCUUAAAAAUAAACUACAGCUUAAGUUGUAAACACAGUCCAGAGAGCAAUGUAAUAUUGCUUCAAAAGUGACAAGAACUAUUUUGUGCACCACCAUCACAAACAGUAUUUAAGGAAAACCAUGUUACUUAUUAUUCUGUAACUUGCAAAAAUCAUUCUUAGGGCGUCUAGCUCAUGUUGGAAACACAGCUUGAUUGGGUUAUAAAGUUUGCCGUGAAAUUAUCAUUUUUAUGUACAGACACAGAUGUGUCUGUACAUAUAGCCGUCAUC